AGCUUUCUACAUAAAUAUCUGACAAGUUAUGAAGAAGGGGCAUUUUAUGUCUGGACAAGAAAAGAAUUUGAUGUUAUGCUUGGAGAACAGGAUGCGUCGAUUUGCGCCAGGUAUUGGAAUGUGCACAGAGACGGCAAUGUAGAUCCAGCCAAUGACCCACACGACGAAUUUAUUGCACAGAAUGUGCUAUCUGUCGCUUCAACGCCCGAGAAGUUGAGCAAAAUGUAUGGCAUGAGUGCUGAGAGAAUCACCAACAUUAUCAGUUCUGCUCGCCAAAAGCUCCUUCAGCAUCGUUUGAAGGAAAGACCUCGACCAAACCUCGAUGACAAGAUUGUUACUAGUUGGAACGGGUUAGCAAUCGCCGCGUUGGCUAAAGCUGCUGGGGUGCUAGAGUCCACAGAUCCGCGUAGAGCUCAAUUGUAUAAAAAGAAUGCAGAGGAGGCAAUAUCUUUUAUCCGGAAGAAUUUGUAUGAUGAGAAGACAGGAAUUUUGAAGAGAGUUUAUAGGGAUGGUCCAGGGGAAGCUGACGGGUUUGCUGAUGAUUACGCAUUCUUGAUAUCCGGUUUGCUGUGCAUGUAUGAGGCGACAUUCGAUGUGGAGUAUUUGCAAUGGGCGGAUGCCUUGCAGCAGAAGCAGAUCGAUGCCUUCUGGGAUGCGGAGAAUGGGGGAUUCUUUUCAACCUCUGAAGGGGCAUCCGACUUGAUCUUGAGGUUGAAAGACGGUCUUGACUCACAAGAACCCUCAACAAACGGAGUAUCCGCAAACAACUUGUUCCGACUGGGAACCCUACUCGGCGAUCCAAAAUUAGAGGAAUACGCCCAGCAAACAUGCUCCGCAUUUUCAACCGAAUUACUCCAACAUCCGUUCUUGUUUUCCUCUCUCAUGCCCGCCAUUGUGGCGUCAAACUUGGGGAUGCGCUCAGUCGUACUUGCUGGGGACCCUAAGGACCCCACUAUAGAAAAACACCUCAAGAGACUUCGGUCAAAGCUUCUCACUAACACUACGCUUGUGCAGCUCGAUCCGGCCAGGGGGGACUCGUUGGAUUGGUUGCUGAGCAGAAAUAAGCUCCACAAGGAACUGUUAAAUGUUGCCGCCAAAGGCAGCGGAAAACCAGUUGUUCAAGUAUGCGAGGGGACGAAAUGCCUGGAUGCCUUUGACAUGGGUGAUAUUGAGAGUGUGCUUGAGGAAUUGGGUUAAACUUAUUACUUUUUUAACUUUUUUUUAUUCACCUUCACCACCUAUAUCUUCUGCUUCAACAAGGGCAGUCCCUUGCUAAAUUCCCUAAAUUAUGGUUGAAACGCUUAAUGCUUUACUCUUAUCGCUUGUUUGCGGGGCCUUUUCUUUUUUUUCUCUCCUAUCUUGUUCCGGCUUCUUGUUGGGUUAGUGAAAUGGUGUUAGGGUAGGGGAGGGGUAGGAGCCACUCUUAUGGCGCUUGAGUUCAUUUACAAUAUCUACCAAUUCAUGAUGUGAGAUGAUGGGCUGGUGCUCCAAGUAUUGUGGGUUAGGCUAGUUUACUGCGUAAUUGAAGCAAUCCAUUUUCAUUGGAA